UUAUGCAAUGGAAACAGACCAACACUGCAAGUAGCACAUACACUCCCAAACGAAACACAUAGAAACAAAAUCUCUUUUGAAACUUCACCAAAUUGUGGUUCACAUCCAAUCUCCUUCUCCACAUACUCUCUGACACCAUUUCCAAAUGUGGUAACGUUAAUCAUAUUAUUGCUACAAACCAAACUCUUCUCCAUUAUUUCACUACAUGUUCUCCUUCUCCUCACAAUAUAAACCCUAUCAUUGCUAUGCUUCUCUCAAUUUUCACGAACACAUAAUUGAGCAAAUCUUAGUUUGGUAGAAAAAUAUAUAUUUAUAUUAUUUGUCACUAGGUUGAGUAGUUGAGUGUGGAUCUGAGAGUAUUGAUGCUUGCGGUUUCACCAUUGAGGAGCAUCAACAAAGAUGAAAACCAAGAAGGAAUGGAGAGUACUUCAAUUGGAACCUGCGAAUUUAGUGACGGAAAUUUAUUGGAAAGCGUUAACUUUGAUGAUUUCUUUGUUGGCAUCAACAUGGAAGGAGAUAUCUUGCCGGAUUUGGAUAUGGAUUCAGAGAUUUUCGCUGAGUUCUCCGUCAGUUACGGAGAGGAAUCAGAGAUAAACUCAUCCGCUCUCAAGAAAGCGGAUGAAAAGAAUCAUUCUACAGAAGAAGAUAAAAUAGGUUCUUCUCUGAGUGGUCAAGGUUCGGAGGAGAUAUUAAGCAAGAGAGAUGAAUCUGUUGUUGUGAAUCCAUUGCCGAAAAAUGGUGAAAGAAAAGGAAGAAAAUCGUCGAGUCAAUCUAAGAAUCCUCAAGGGAAGAAAAAAGUCAAGGUGGAUUGGACACCAGAAUUGCACAGGAGAUUUGUGCAAGCUGUGGAACAAUUAGGAUUGGAUAAGGCAGUGCCUUCAAGGAUUUUGGAGAUAAUGGGAAUUGAUUGUCUCACUCGCCAUAACAUUGCCAGCCAUCUUCAGAAAUAUAGGUCCCAUAGAAAACAUGUGUUAGCGCGUGAAGCAGAAGCAGCAAACUGGAAUCAAAGAAGAAAUGUGUCAUGGUCAACUGCUGUAGCAGCACCCACCAUGGGUUUUCCUCCUCCUCCCAUUAUUCCAUUGCACCAUGUUAGAUCCUUACAUGUAUGGGGACAUCCUUCAAUGGAUCAAUCAUUUAUGCAUAUGUGGCCGAAGCCGCAGCCACAGCCGCAGCCUCUCUCAUGGCCCCCAACGCCACCUCAAGACCCUUCAUUUUGGCUUUCUCAACACCAACAGAGAUCAUUUGGAUGUCAACUCCCCAGCAACCCACCGCAUGGUAUGUACAAAGCGGAUCACGGCAUUGCCGCUACUGGUCCUGCUUCUGGUCCCGGUCCCUUCUUCGACUUCCAGCCGUCAAAUGAGAGUAUAGAUGCAGCUAUUGGAGACGUUUUAUCAAAACCAUGGUUGCCGCUACCACUUGGACUUAAACCUCCAGGACAUGACAGCGUAAUGAGUGAAUUACAAAGACAAGGAAUUUCAAACAUUCCACCUUCGUGAGCUUGAAACAAAAUAAUUAAUCCUUAACGGGGGAAGCUAGGUUCCAAUAAAGCCUAAUUAAUUCGACGACUUUAUAUUCAUUAGAUGUUUCAUAUUUGUUGCAUCUAAUCUUGAAUGUGAGUGAUUCAUAUUGUAA